AUGUCUCCAAACACUACUCCAGCUCCAGUUAACCAUCCUCAAGGUGAGGACAUCAAUCCAUCAUCAUCUAUUCCAACUACCAAUGAACCAAUUGAUCCAAUGGCUCAGAAAUUCUUGGAUAUCAUGAAAGAACAAUUAAUUUUAUUCAGACAAGAAUUCAAGACUGAAAUCAUGAAUGAUGUUGAAAACCGUUUUAAAGCCUACAACAGCGAAGUCAACAGAAGCUUCAACAAAAAUGUUGUUCCAAGAAUUAUUGAUCUUGAAACUGAAGUCCUGCAAGUUAAAAAGGAAGAAGAGGAAGAACAUUCUGACCUCGAAAACACUAAGGAAGAACUUGAUGAAGCUGAAACUUUUAUUAAGGGUGAAAAUGAGACUUUUCUUGGUUAUUUCAAAAGAAUUGAUACUUCUUUAAAUUCAUUGACUAAAACCGUUUAUCAAAUGCAAAAUGGUGCAACUCUAGACGUUCCAGCAGCUGUUGAUCAACAAUCAUCACCACCCCCCAGACCUACCACUGAAUUAGAAGCCUUAGUCAAGAGAUUCUUGCCAACGAUGAAAAUGAACAAAGUUGAAUGUCCCAAGCAUAUCUCAAACCAAAGUCCACCACGAGGUAUUUAUCAGAUCAAUGAAAGAGAAGUUAUUGAUGGAUCUAAUGACGAACAAGUUAUUAACAAAAUGGUCAAAUUACAAAAUAAAUUUGAAACGAUGUUUAUUGACCAAUUCCAAUGGGGAAAACUUGCCUGUCCUUAUUUUGCUGGUGAUUUAGACGAUGCCUACCAAGGCAAACUUAGAUUCCCUGAAGAUCCAGUAAAAGGUAUCCAAUGGAGAGACGUUGUACUUAUGGUAGCUGAAAAUUGUACCUUAUCAUUCAAGAACUAUGCUAGGAACAACGAUUUCAUCAAUGUCACGCCAAAACCAAACCAACCUGUUAGUGAAUUUAUUAAAGAAUUACGUAGUAAAGCAAGAAAAUAUAGAAUUGUAUUAUUUGAUCUUGAAAAUUCACCUCAAGCAAAUUUUUACCAAGAUUUACAAAAGGCGUUCAUGGGUGUUAAAUUCCCACCAGACAUCGAGAGUCCACAUAAUCCCGAACUACCAAUCUUACCAAUUUACAAGAACUACCAACAACAACACAGACUGAAGCCCAAUUAUCAAAAACAAUUUACAUCUUGUCAAUGUCGUACAAAAUGUGAAUGUCAGACCACAACACCCAACCCCAAGAAGAAACACCAGGAUAAAACGAAAUCAACAAAACAAUUCAACUACAAGGGAAAACCCAGAGGCCAAACCGGCAUCUAUGAUUUAGAAUUGCAAAAUGAAGAACUUGUUGAUGACCCAGAAAACCCAAAGGAUGAUAACCACAAUGAAUAUUUAAUUGAUUUCAGUGAGGAUGAUGACGAUGAAGAUGAUAAUGACAAUGAUCAAAAUCAGAAUUUAGAUAUCAAGACGGCGAGGCCUACGCACGCCCAACACUAA